UCUGUCACUACUCGCAACACCAAAACGACAUCGCUUCCUCUUUGAACCUCCCACGAUGAGCUGAUUCCUCAACCACAACUCAAAAUUGGAAAAUCAUUUGGUCUUCCUACCACAACUUCCAAAGCUAAAGCGGUCGACACCAUAGAAAGAUGGGCAAAGAUCUGAGCGACGAGCAUGUUUCCUCUAUGAAGGAGGCUUUCACUCUCUUCGAUUCCGACGGCGACGGCAAGAUCGCUCCAUCGGAGCUGGGGAUCUUAAUGAGAUCACUGGGUGGGAACCCCACUCAAGCCCAACUCAAAGCCAUUGUCGCCGAAGAGAAACUGACAGCGCCCUUCGAUUUCCCUCUCUUCUUGCAACUCAUGGCAAAGCACAUGAAGGCUGAGCCGUUCGAUAGGCAGCUACGCGAUGCCUUCAAGGUACUGGAUAAGGAGUCCACCGGGUCUGUCUCCGUGGCGGAUCUGAGACAUAUAUUGACAAGCAUCGGGGAGAAACUCGAACCCUCAGAGUUCGACGAGUGGAUCCGGGAAGUGGAUGUCGGGUCGGAUGGGAAGAUCCGUUACGAGGAUUUUAUUGCCAGGAUGGUUGCCAAGUGAGAAAGAUGCUUUAAUUUUGUGCUUUUUUUCUAUUUAUGAGGAGUUAGGGUUUGUUUGGGUUUUGAUGUGGUUGAGGAUAGUGUAUUUUGGUUGUUUGUUUCCAUGGAAUCACUACAAGUAGUGCUAACUCUCUUAAUUACCCAGUUUGAUUAUGUAAUAUUAUGUUACUAAUAAAUAUUAUUUGUGUUU